AUCGAGGCAUGUAUGUCAAACGCCUUCGCGAAAUAAAAAUCCACGUCUAACCCAAACGGGCCUGACUUUGAAUAAUUCUAUGCCCACUUAAAUAAUAUGGGUUACGAUAUCUUGAUAUUCGCAUUACACAAAACCCAUUGUCAUUGUUGACCCUUUCGGCUGUUAGAUUAAUGAUGUGAACAAAUUUCGCAACCGCGUACCGUAUCGUUUAUAUGCGAACGUGUCAUUAUAUUGUUGUCUGUGGUCAACCUUGCACUAUUUUAGUAUGAUGGAACUAAAACCCGUGAAUUUAGUCAGAGAGUAACUAGAAUAAAUAGGGGGUUUUAAAAAGAAGAGGAGAGUCAAGUACACUUAAGUUAUGCAUAGAUUUCAACGUUUCUUAAUUGUGUUCUGUAUAUAAGGUUGAAGGAAGACUUGGUUCCUACAUACGACUAAUAUUAUUCUAUUACAUUGCUGGAUGAUGGAUGGAUUUGAAAUAUGAUAAAGCAAGUUUUAGGAUCAAGAUGUUGUUCAAAGAAUUACGAACGGAUUUACCAUUUCCAUAAAAGAAAUUCCUUACCAAGUUUAUAUGGAAAUAUUUGCCGACGGUAAAUAUUAUGAAGAAGUAUCACUCUGUGGAGGUUCCAUAAUAUCUGACACGCAUAUUUUAUUCGCGGCACAUUGCAUAGGGUGCUCAUCAUUUAACUACAUAGACAUAAAAUUUGGGGAGUCAGUACUGAACGAAGGAGAUGUAAUCCAAAGUGCUUAUCCUCCACAUGUCCUGAUUCAUGAACGCUUUUGCCCUAAGGAUCAUUUUUUGAUCGGAGACAUCGCCCUUAUAAAUUUACCCAAAAAAUUGAUAUUUUCUAAAUUGAUUCAACCAAUUCGCCUACCCUCUGACUACGCAACUAACUCAAUGUUAGAAGGAAGACGCGCCCUGAUAAGUGGCUGGGGUUUAACCGAAAAAGGUAAAUUAGCAUCAACCCUUCAAGCUGCAAGGGUGAAAAUAGCAACACAAUCAGACUGUAAACUUGCUCUUGUUCCAACUGAUCAUUUAUGUGCAAAUGUUGAUAAUAAAAUAACUACUUGUACCGGAGAUAGUGGCGGUCCACUUGUAAUCGAUCGUAUUUUAUAUGGGGUAACGUCAUGGGGUCGAAAGAACCAAUCUGAACUGCUCCCUAAAACUAAACAGUCUAAACUUAGAGCAUGUGAGAAUCGUGAUGUGAGCACUUAUACCAGUGUCAUCUAUUAUUUAGACUGGAUCAAGGAGAAAACGGGUCUCCUCCCAGGCACUGAAGCUAAACCAAAAGAAUUGCCAUAUUUUGUUCGCAUCACUUCUUACUUUAACGUAUCGAAACACAGAAAGAAGUCUGUAAACUGUGCAGGCGCUCUGAUAUCUGCCAGUCAUGUGUUGACGACUGCGCAUUGUAUAAAGCUUAAGCAAUUAAGUUGCAAGACGGCGACUUACGUUCAAACCAGGUUUGGGCUUAGGUCAUUAUCAGACUUAGGAGAAAAAAGUGAAAAAAUCACACCAGAAAACCUAAUAGUUCACAAAGAUUUUGACUGUUUCAAGACACCACUUAAUGAUAUUGCCGUAAUCCGUUUGCCAAACCCGUUAGUCUUGUCUGAAACUAUAAAGCCAAUUAAGCUUCCUACGCAAUUGAAGAAACAUGGCAAAAUAGAAGCAAAAUUCGGCAGCUUUUGCAGUACACAUUAUGGAGUUCAACCGAAUUUUCUUAGAAUUCAUAAGCUAGUUGUUUCAGCUGGUUUGUGUGCUCAAGGUUUCUUGUGUGGAAAUACUAGUCAUUUAUCAGUAUGUAAUAUUGAUUCUGGAGCACCAGUUGUCAGGGGAUCUGUUUUAUAUGGUAUGGUGUCCUUGGAGCCCAAAUUUAAGCAAAAUUGCGUGUCUAGCAAUAUUAGUGAGAUUGUUAGUAUAGCGAAAAAUAGUGAUUGGAUAAAAGCUCAAAUAAGCGUUAGUUAGCAAUGAGUUAAACGGGUUUUUUUAUUAUGGCAGUAUGGUGAUUUUUUUAAAUAGCUCAACAAAUUAUGACUAUUUAAUAUAUCGUUUUUUAGGCAUUCAAGUCAUUUUUUUGUAAUUUUGCUUCCUAUAUAUGACCUAUUACUUAUAAAUAGUUCCAGUAAGUCUAAUUCUUCUGAUCAUUUUAAUUUAACAUAAACUACUUAGAAAAGUUAUCAAAUAAAGGAGAAAAAUGACAA